UUGGAUAUUUUAGUUAGAAAAGUUAACUGUUCGUUUUCUGGGUUUAUGCUGCAGUACCUGUCCGCCCGACACUGUCUGCGCUUUCAUACCCGAUCCAGAGGCAACAGAUACAACAGUCCGAUAAUAAGUGAAGAUGGAGACUGCUCUGCUCAGUGGCCAGAGCAGCGGUGGUCGCACCGGUUCCGGCCUUCUCCGGCUCUUGCGGCGAGGCGCUUUCCGGAGUCGAUCGGAUGCAAUCGUGUACGGAUCCACUUACCAGAAGGCGGCUGCUUUGGUUGAUCUUGCUGAAGAUGGUGUCGGCAUACCUGAGGAAGUCCUUGACCAAUCAAGCUUUGCAAGUGCAGCCAAGUUAUACUUCAUUUUCACACGAUUUGAUUUUCUGUGGUCCCUAAAUUGUUUUGCUUUGAUCAUUCUAAAUUUUUUAGAGAAACCACUAUGGUGCUCCAAACAGUCUGCCUAUACCUGCAGUGACAGAGAGUACUACUUUCUUGGGCAGCUCCCAUACUUGACUGAAGCUGAGUCCCUCAUAUUCGAGGGUGUUACUCUAGUGAUUCUCAUGGCUCAUGUUUUAUUUCCAAUAUCAUAUGAAGGUUUUCAGAUAUACUGGAAAAGUAUCCUCAAUAGGUUGAAGGUCCUGUUGCUAUUAAUUUUGGUUGCAGAUCUGGUGGUAUAUGUUAUUUCUUUAGCUGGCUUGUACUAUCUUCCAUUCAGGAUUGCACCCUAUGUGCGGGUUGUGUUUUUCAUUCUCAAUAUCAGGGAAUUGGGAGACAGCAUUUUGAUCCUUGCUGGAAUGUUUGGUACUUACCUUAAUGUUAUGGUUUUGUCAAUGUUAUUUCUUUUGUUCUGUAGCUGGCUAGGAUAUGUCAUCUUUGAGGACACACAACAGGGAAAAACUGUAUUUACUUCAUAUGGUGCAACCUUGUACCAGAUGUUUAUUUUGUUUACUACAUCUAACAAUCCAGAUGUCUGGAUACCUGCAUACAAGGAAUCACGAUGGUACUGCUUGUUUUUUGUUCUAUAUGUGCUAUUGGGUGUUUACUUCGUCACCAAUUUGAUUCUCGCUGUUGUAUAUGAUAGCUUCAAAAGUGAGUUGGCCAAACGAGUGGCUGAAAAGGAUCGGGUGAGGCUAAGGAUAUUGAGGAAAGCAUUUAGUUUGGUUGAUUAUCAUAACUGUGGGUUUCUGAACAAAGAACAGUGCAUCCAUUUGUUCGAGGAACUUAACAAGUACAGGUCUCUGCCGAAAAUAUCAAGAGAUGAUUUUGAGCUAAUAUUCGAUGAAUUGGACGACACUCGUGACUUUAAGAUUGAUUUGGAAGAAUUUUUUGAUCUUUGUAAAGCAAUAUCUCUUAGAUUUCAGAAGGAGGAUUCAUUGCCAAUAUUUGAAACAUUUCCAAAUGUCUACCAUUCAACAACAUCUGAGAAGUUGCGUAACUUUGUCCGAAGCCCCAAGUUUGGGUACAUUAUAGUGUUCAUUCUCAUCGUCAAUCUUGUGGCUGUGGUAAUCGAGACUAUGCUCGAUAUAGAAGACAGUUCUUCUCAAACCUUUUGGCAGAAGGUAGAAUUCAUCUUUGGCUGGCUUUAUGUGAUUGAGAUGACAUUGAAAGUCUACACAUAUGGUUUUGAGAACUAUUGGAGGGAUGGUCAAAAUCGCUUUGAUUUUAUUGUCACUUGGAUUAUAGUUAUUGGAGAAACUAUCACAUUUGCAGCUCCUGAUGGUCAAACUUUUCUAUCUAACGGGGAAUGGAUUAGGUAUCUUCUUAUUGCAAGAGUGUUACGCCUAAUAAGGCUAUCAAUGCAUGUCCGAAGUUAUCGGGCCUUCGUUGCCACAUUCUUUACUCUCAUACCAAGUCUCAUGCCAUACUUGGGGACAAUAUUCUGUGUAUUGUGCUUUUAUUGCUCUCUUGGUGUACAGAUUUUUGGUGGAAUUGUCAAUGCUGGAAACUCCAAUUUAGAUCAAACUGAUCUUGCUGAUAAUGACUAUUUGCUUUUUAACUUCAAUGACUAUCCAAAUGGAAUGGUAACACUAUUCAAUUUGUUGGUGAUGGGAAACUGGCAAGUAUGGAUGCAGAGCUACAAGGAAUUGACUGGGACUUCUUGGAGUUAUGUCUACUUCAUCAGUUUUUAUGCUAUCACAGUCUUAUGGCUCCUGAAUUUGAUUGUAGCAUUUGUCUUGGAGGCUUUUCAAGCUGAGAUGGAUAUGGAAACUUCUGCAAUACUUGAGAAUGGCGACAACAAGGAAACAAGAGAGGAGAGGCGUCGCAAUGUUGGCACAAAGACGAGGAGCCAGCGAGUUGAUGCACUACUCCAUCAUAUGCUGAGCCCUGAACUCACACAAUGCUCCACACCUUGAUUUUUCAUUCUUCAUCCCCAAGUUUUUACUUAUCAGUCCACAUUAAGCCUGAGGUUAGCACACAUUCUUGAAUUUCGAUGUUAAGUGAUUACUCCUAUUCAAUUUACUGCUACUGGUAAUGAAAAGUUAAAAAUCCUUCGCUUCAGUGGCAUGUCUUUUCUCCUGUCAUCAUCCACUGGGAGUGUAGUUUAUGGACUAUGUGUGAGUGGUCUUUUUAGGAUCUCUAAAAUGCCACAGACUUUAAUACUUUAUUUCGACUUCUGUUCAUACUUCCCUUCCC